UUCUCCAUCACCUCUGCAAGACUUCGCUUCGUGAGGCAGCUUUUUUUUUAAAACAAAAAAAAAUUAAAGCAAUCGGCAUGUGACGCGUGUCUUCUUUAGGUGCAAAAUAUUCUACAGACAACCUCAGCAACAACAAGAGCCCUCAGCAAGAUUCAGUCUUCUUCUCCCACCUCCCGCCCCCAAACGUCUGCAGGCAGCGCGAGGAGCUAUCGAAAGUUAGAUUGAUAGAAGGUUGCCACCACCUAAGCUGAGCAGCUGGAAGCUUGUCCUGAAAAUCUUUGGGCAUUCAUAUCUUAAUGGAUUGUUGUAACCUGCUAAUUUCUCCAUUCGUCCACUUCCUAGUUUCGUGAAAAUAUUAGCCAGCACAGAUCCUGGGAAAGUUACAUGGUGUGAACGGAAUGUCUGUGGAUGAGAAGACUGAAUCCCCCAUGUAUGUGUAUGAGUCAACAGUCCAUUGUACCAAUAUCCUCCUGUGCCUCAAUGACCAGCGGAAGCAGGAUAUUCUCUGUGAUGUGACUUUGAUUGUGGAGGGGAAAGAGUUCCGAGCCCACCGGGCUGUGCUGGCAGCGUGCAGCGAAUACUUCUUGCAGGUCUUAGUCGGGCAGACAGAAAAUGAUCUGGUGGUCAGCCUGCCGGAGGAGGUCACUUCAAGGGGAUUUGGUCCAUUGUUACAGUUUGCCUACACUGCGAAGCUGUUACUCAGCAGAGAAAACAUACAAGAGGUCAUCCACUGUGCAGAGUUCCUGCGCAUGCACAAUCUGGAGGAUUCCUGCUUCAGCUUCCUUCAGACCCAGCUGCUGAACAAUGAAGAUGGCCUGUUCCUGUGCAAAAAGGAUCCCACUUAUCAGCAGAUGCAUGAAGAUGAGAAUUCCGAGGAAGAAGAGGUAGAGACUAUGGAAUCUGAGACUUCCAAGAUAUCUUGUCCAAGGGAGAGAACGCACCCAGAGCCCUUUAACUUUGAAACCGUCAGUUCUGAAGCAGAUAAAGAGGAGGGGAUGCUGCCUGACUCUGACCUGCUAAGUGAUGACAAAGACAGUUUGGACAAAGAAGCAGUAACACGGUAUCCCAGAUACAAGAAAUAUCAGCUGGCUUGUACCAAGAAUGUCUACAAUACAUCACACGUUAGUACCUCAGGUUUCGCAAGCACAUUCAGUGAAGAAAGUUCUGGUGACAGCCUCAAGCCAGACCUUGCUGUAGGGCAAAUUAAAAGUGAGCCUAGGAGUGAGGAGAAUGACGAAGAAAACAUCACACUUUGCCUCUCUGGAGAUGAGCCUGACAUCAGGGAUAAAGAGGGGGAUGUAGAAAUGGACCGAAAGCAGCCAAGUCCUUCUGGAGCUGACAGAUCUAAAAGUGGUUCCUCUCCUUCCUGCUUAAGGUCUUUCUUCAAUCGAACAAAAAACAUAGACUUAGUUGGCUUCCCCAGUACUUCCCAACAGCACUUUGCCAGGAGUCCAGCCUGCCCUUUUGACAAGGGGACAACUCAGGGUGACCACAAAACUGAUUAUGUCCCUUUCACAGGGACUUAUGGACUGUCCCAAGCUGUUCAGAAGGAUGCUUCCAAUUUUACAGUGGGAUCGCCUCUCAGGGGUCCUGGCUUUGUUGAAGGUCUCUGUAAGCAGGAAGGUGAGGUGGACAGAAGGAGUGUUAUAUUUUCUUCAAACAUUUGUGACCAAGUAAACACUUCAGUGCAUUCAUAUUCUGGCGUGAGCAGCUUGGACAAAGAUCUCGCCGAGACUGUGCCAAAGGGUCUAUGGGCAGGAAGUAGCCAAUCUCUUCCCAGUUGCCAGACCUAUUCUCACAUUGGACAGGCAGCUGAUCACUUGCCAGGACGGAUGCGGCCUAACACCAGCUGCCCAGUGCCAAUUAAAGUUUGCCCUCGUUCUCCUCCUCUGGAAACCAGAACAAGGACCUCUAGUUCAUGUUCCUCCUACUCUUAUGCAGAGGAUGGCAGUGGUGGCUCUCCCUGCAGCCUUCCUCUGUGUGAGUUUUCAUCUUCCCCCUGUUCCCAAGGAGCUCGAUUCUUGGCCCCUGAGCAUCAGGAGCCAGGUGUGAUGGGAGAUGGAAUGUACAACCAAGUCAGACCCCAGAUAAAAUGUGAGCCAUCCUAUGGAACAAACUCCAGCGAUGAGUCUGGAUCGUUCUCUGAAGCAGACAGUGAGUCAUGUCCUGUGCAAGACAGAGGACAUGAGGUGAAACUUCCAUUUCCUGUCGAUCAAAUCACAGAUCUUCCAAGGAACGAUUUCCAGAUGAUGAUAAAGAUGCACAAAUUAACCUCAGAGCAAUUGGAAUUUAUCCAUGAUGUUCGGCGGCGCAGUAAAAACCGGAUCGCAGCUCAGCGCUGCCGCAAAAGAAAACUGGACUGUAUUCAGAAUUUAGAAUGUGAAAUCCGCAAGUUGGUUUGUGAGAAGGAAAAACUUCUGUCAGAAAGGAACCAGCUGAAGGCAUGUAUGGGGGAGCUGUUAGAUAAUUUCUCCUGUCUUUCCCAAGAAGUGUGUAGGGAUAUGCAGAGCUCCGAACAGAUCCAAGACCUGCACCGAUACUGCCCUCUUCUCAGGCCUAUGGAUCUACCAACAGCAGUCAAUAUCAACUCUUCGCCAGCCAGUGUGGAGCAAAACAUAGUAACAUCCCAGUGUGUCAGGGAAGGCUUGCAGUGCUGUUCAGAGCAAAGCCCUGUGCAGCAGUUAGGAGCUCACUGGCUGCCUAACAACAUUUCCGACAAGUGUGUUGCAACAAGAGUACUAGAUGGAGCUGACCAAGGUACUUACUCUGAGCAGGAGCUCCCUCUAGAGCAGAAUAAUCAAACAGUGACGGUAGACUUCUGUCAGGAAAUGACUGAUAAAUGUACAACAGAUGAGCAGCCUAGGAAGGAGUACACCUAGUGGCUGGUAAACCUUAACGUCACAUCAUCAGUCAGCCAGUGGCCACGUUGGUUUGUUGUCUAGAUGGAAGAACAUAUUUGGUGCACACUACAGUGGUCUUAGCAGCAAUACUGUUUUUAAGUAUUCCCUCCUCUCUACAAGCAGGAGAUUGAUUAUCUUCUUCGCUAUGGUGCUAUCCCUUGUUCAGUCAGGGGAACAAAAACAGUGGCAACACUGUCUUUUUUAUUAUUAUCGUUGUUGUUGUUAUUGUAUUUUAAUUUCAAUAUUCAACAGGGAUGGACAUAACACCUCUGAGGACCCAAACGCAGCUUUUUUUCUCAGUGGCCCAUGUCACAAAACCCUAACUCAGGAAUUUCCUCUGAAUGUUCAAUUUUUCAUUGAAGACAGCUUCUUUACACAUCAAAGUUUUAUAGCUAAACUGUACAUACUAUAUAUAGUAUAUAAAAAUAUAUAUAUCCAUAUGCAAAAAAAAAUCCCUGCAUGCCUCAAUUUUUUCUCAUU